CUCUUUUCAGGUCCUCUCCUAGAUCAGAUGCUGGAAGAGAAAGACCUGGAAGAAGUCCUUGCUCUGGAAAAAGACUGGUUGAAGAACUGAUUCACACAGGUGCAUAUAUGCAGCGCUCCUCAGUUCCCCACCAACAUAGCAGUGUUUUCUCAGAUAGGAACAGAUUGACUUUUAUUUCCUUUUGUCCCGUCUGAGAGCCACUUUUAGGCUUUUCACAAUGUGUGUGUGUGUGUGUGUGUGUGUGAGAGAGAGAGAGAGAGAGAGAGAGAGAGAGAGAGAGAAUGAGGACUAAAGCCAGAAAGGAUUCUUUCCUGAACAGGAGCUGUAUUGGUCUGUUGCACCAACUGUCUUUCAAGGGUAGAAUGCAUAACUUUGGUGGGAUCAUGCCUGACAUUUUACCAAUGGAGAGGGAAGGGAGGGGAGCAUAGGAAUGCAGAGGAGGAGUGGACUAGACAAGAGCCCAAUUAUCUGCAUGGAGGGGGUCCCUAGAACAAAAGGGGUUGUGCGGUUGUGCAAUUUCUUCACCCCUGGGGAAGUCUGAUUCCUGGCACUUAUGAUUGCAGGUACAGCAGACUUUUCCAUUCCUACGUCUCAAGGUGGGAAAUGCAGAAUUUGCCCUAGAAGGAUGGCAUUGUUUUAGCUGCACAUCACUAUUUGCUCAAACUUUCGGAGGGGCCCAUAUGAUACUGUCCCUAAGUAUCUAACGGUUAUCUUUUGUCUGUCUUUUUCUCCAGCAUGCCUUCUAUCGCCAGCCUUCCGAGCGCUAAAGCGGAACUUCCACCCCAGGCGCAUGAUGGGUCCUUCCCAGUCCGCCUCUUGUGCAGGGUGUCCUGCGUGCAACUAGCUGCCUUUCUCCUGGCUGUCCUGGGCUGCCUAAUGAGCAUCUGUUCCACAUCUGCCAACCUUGACUGGAGAGUGUGGCAAGUAGACAAAAUCAUGGGCAGCAACCAGCAGGGCAUUGUGGGCACUGGCAUCUGGGGUGCCUGUUCCAUAAGAAGAGUUACUUUGAAGAAAACCAACAUGAUAUGUAUACCAUUCAACGAUGAGGAGUCCCUACCAGAUGAAAUCAUUGUGGCCCAGGACUUGAUGCCAAUGGCCUCAGUGGCCACUGCGGUGACCGUUCUUUGGAUGGCCUUUGCUCUAUGCAACAUCUUUGAGCCGGGAAAAGACGAGAAUUUCAUUGAUACCUUCUUUUCAACUGGAGCAAGGAUUGAGUUGGCAGCGGGUACUUGUGUACUGAUUUCCAUUUCAUGGAAUCUUCACUCUGUAUUAACAAACGAAGGAAUUCCGCUUCCGGAGGUUUUGGGAGUGCCUCCGAUUCCCACAGAACAACGUGCUGGAAUGGCCAUCUAUGUUGGGUUUCUUGCUGCAGCUUCGCAGCUUUUAAGCGGAACUCCGGUUCUGGGUGAAAAAUAUUUUUGGAAAAGGAGUGAAAUAAACACUUCCAAGCCAAAAUUUGUAAAUGACCCAGAAAGUGUUACAGACACCGAAAACCCAAAGCGAAGCAUGAAAUACAGACAGUACUUCUCUUCUGUGACACUGGAAUGUGAAGAAGAAAAACCCACUAUCUGGCAGAGGUGUCAAAGUCAUAUUAAAACGGAAACCAUGCCAGGCUCACUAGCAAUAUGGCUAACGAAUGGUACCAGUCCUGUGACUGGCUUUUUUUAAAUGGAAGCAGGGGACGUUUUGUAUAUUUAUUUUCUUAUGCAUAUUGUUUGGUUUUUUUUUAACUGAAUGCUUCUGGGAUGCUUACAACAUAGAGUCAACUAUAAAUAGGGGA